UUUGUGUAGCGGAGAGAUGUAGCGGGCGGAGGCAGGCCAUGAUAGGGGGAGUGUUGGAAGCCGCGUGCAGGGGUCCGGACACGGCGUGUUGUCAUAGGCUCCAGGUGUUAGCGUAGACUGACCAGAGUCCGCUAAUAUCCCCUCGAUAUAUAGUGUUGCAGUGUACCUGCUCCAAGUGACACAUCAUGACAGAAGUGUUUCAGUUCGGUCUUGUGCCUAUCACCUGCCAUGCCUGGAAUACUGACCGAACCCAAGUUGCUCUAAGCCUCAACAAUAACGAAGUGAACAUAUAUGGUCGGUGUGGAUCAGAGUGGAAGCUGCAAGAGACACUUCAAGGCCAUGACCUGCGUGUCACUGGAAUUGACUGGGCUCCUACUACCAACCGAAUUGUGACCUGUGGAGCGGACCGAAAUGCUUAUGUGUGGACAUGUGGAACUGAUGGCAAGUGGAGUCCUACCCUUGUACUUCUACGUAUCAACCGAGCUGCCACAUGUGUCAAGUGGUCCCCAAAUGAAAACAAAUUUGCUGUAGGAUCAGGAGCACGGCUGAUAUCGGUGUGUUACUUUGAGCAGGAAAAUAACUGGUGGGUAUCUAAACACAUCAAGAAGCCCAUCCGGUCCACCAUCACUACUUUGGACUGGCAUCCCAAUAACAUUCUUCUAGCUGCAGGAGCUGCUGAUUUUAAGGUGCGUAUAUUUUCGGCAUGGAUUAAAGAUAUUGAGCCAAAACCAACACCAACGCCCUGGGGAGCAAAGAUGCCUCUAGGCCAAUUAAUGACGGAGUUUUCUAAUUCUACUGGAGGAGGUGGAUGGGUGCACAGUGUGAGUUUUUCUGGUGAUGGUAACCGUGUUUGUUGGGUUGGCCAUGAUUCUAGCCUCACUGUGGCUGAUGCUGGCAAGGAAAUGGCUAAAUCCCAGCUGAAAACUGAGUAUUUACCCUUUACUUCUGUGACAUGGGUCUCGCUCAACUCUCUGGUUGCUGUGGGUCAUGGAUGUUGUCCUAUGCUGUACUCCGUGGAUGACACCGGGAAGCUGACGUUUGUCACCAAGCUUGACGUGGCCCAAAGAAAGGAAACUGGCAGUCUGAGUGCUAUGAAGAAGUUCCAGUCUCUUGACCGCACCGCACGCUCAGAUCAGUCGGACACAACACUGGCUACUGUUCACCAGAACACCAUCACGGGCAUCGCCAUACACACAGGCGACAAAUCCGGCUGUACUGCCAUCUCAACAUGCGGAGCAGAUUCACAGCUGGUUAUAUGGAACUUUAAGUCACUGGAGCAGUCAGUGUCAGACCUCCGCCUGAGCUAAGCCACUACUUCAUGUGCCAUAUUAACGUGCAUUAAUAUCUUUUGUUGGUUAAAAUAUUUCCGUGUCUGAAAACUACAAAUGGUGCACAAAGAAAGUUUGAUGUUGAAACCUAUUUUUAUUUUGAUCUUAUCCUUUGAUGAAUUUCUUUUGUGAUUUCUAAAGAUUUGUCCGUAUGUUUGUUCUAUUUUUACAGUUCAUUGUUGUUGGCAAUUUAUUGUACACUUUGUUUUAGAAUUUUCCCACAAUGAUUAAUUUGGAAAGUUAUAUUAUCGCUGAUUCCAAGCAGUUGAACACUGGAUAUAUUGAUUAAUUAAUCUUCCAAUAUUUAAGAGAGUUCACAGAGGCAUUCCAAAAUAAUAAAAAACAAAUAAAAAAAAGAGGAAA